AAAAGCUAAACCGGUCUUCUCGUCCCAUUGUUGUUAUGACAUUUCACCUACCCUCUGCUCUAGUAAUACAAACUACUAAUUCCUCUCUCUACUCUCAGCUCUCCUUUAGCAAAACAGGGAACUUUCAAAGUUGUGGUUGAGAUUUGAAAAUGAAGGACCAAGAUUCACCGACAGCUCUGUCAAUUGCAAUCCAUUCACAGCAACAAGCAACAGUAAGUGUGAAGAAAGAUAGCUCUGCAGUUGCUUUCUUUGGUAAAAGUGGAUAUAAAUUCUGGGUCUUGGCUGCAAUUCUCUUGCUUGCUUUCUGGUCCAUGUUUACUGGCUCUGUUUCUCUCAAAUGGUCUUCUGGUGAUCUUACUAGAUUCUCUGAUGACUCUGACUUCUCUGUCCACGACGAUCUCGACGUCCUCGAAUUGGAGGAAAGAGAGAAGGUGGUGAGGAAGAUGUGGAAUAUUUACUGGCAUAGCGCUAGCGUUCGUUUGCCGAGGUUUUGGCUUGAAGCUUUUGAGGCUGCUUAUGAAUAUUUAUCAAGUGAUGUUCCUGGAGUUCGUGAUACCGCUAUGUCUGAGAUUGCCAAAUUAUCUAUGCGCUCUGUAAAUCUUGAUUCCCCAUUGCCUCAAUCAAAGAUUGUCCAGAGCAGCAAUCAAGGGAGAAGGACUUCUAAACAAGCUGCUAAAAAGAAAGAUAUUGCUGCAACUGGGACCAACCUAAAUGGGAAUUUCCAGUCCUAGUUGCCAUUGCACUGCAAUCUCUCGU